UUUUGAGACUGAGAGGAACUUCAUAACGGGUCGGGUGUGGCGACAACAAAAUAUUGAAAACAAAUCAAAACUUGAUUUUUGAAUUGUGUUGCAUUGCGAGCGGAGCGACGCGACUUUUGCAGAAAAGUGAGCCAACGGGCAGCUGCAUGUGACCUUUUUGAUUUAAUUUGUUUUUCUUUUUUUUUUUUUUUUUUGUAAAACCAUUCAGAUUUAUACUGUCAACUUACUGGCGCUUGUAAAUCAACUUUGUUUCAGUUCCAUAUUUGUUGUAUGCAUUUUUGGAAUUAAAGGAAAACAAUAACUUUUUUUUUUUAUGUCUAAACGUAUUUAUUCUCAGCAGUAUCAAACAGCCUGUUGUAUGUGUUUUUGUACCGCUUUUCUUUUUUUGGAGCAAAAACAACAAAACCAAGUUCUAGCAUAGAUUUUGGAGUUUAUGAAUGGAACACAAUCUGCAACGUGUUGGGAAAUAAAACAACAACAAACAAACAAAAAAAAACCUUCGUAUUUUGUGUUUUUUAUUUUUAUUUUUAGAGGACACGGGAGCAAACGACUACAAAAGGGACUUUUUUAAUAUCAAAAGUGCAUAACUGAGAAGAAGAAUCUUCCAGUCUGUGAGAGAUAGGGAGAACAUAUCUGAGGGUUAGGAAGGGACUGGACUAUUUGUGCUUCAUCUUAUUUUGAUAUAUUAUAUUUUAUAACCCUCUCGAGUAGUGUGUAAUUGUGUUGGGUGUGUGUGUGCAGUCGGAACCAUGGGUUGUACCAUAAGCACCGAAGAUAAAGCCGCAUCUGAAAGAUCCAAAAUGAUUGAUAAAAAUCUGAGAGAAGAUGGAGAGAAAGCUGCCAGAGAGGUGAAACUACUGCUUUUAGGUGCUGGUGAGUCAGGGAAGAGUACCAUUGUGAAGCAGAUGAAAAUUAUCCAUGAAGAUGGCUACUCGGAAGAUGAAUGCAAACAGUACAGAGCCGUAGUUUACAGCAACACCAUCCAGUCCAUCAUGGCCAUUAUCAAAGCCAUGGGCAAUCUCAAGAUUGACUUUGGAGACACCUCCCGAGCGGAUGAUGCCCGCCAGCUCUUUGCUUUGUCCGGCGGCGCGGAGGAGCAGGGUGUCAUGUCUGACGACCUGUCCAGUGUCAUCAGGAGGCUGUGGGCAGACACCGGGGUGCAGUGCUGUUUCACCCGCUCCAGAGAGUACCAGCUGAACGACUCGGCCGCAUAUUACCUGAAUGACCUUGAGAGGAUAGCCAGACAGGAUUACAUUCCCACCCAACAGGACGUUCUGCGGACCAGAGUGAAGACCACCGGCAUUGUGGAGACCCACUUCACCUUCAAGGACCUGCACUUCAAGAUGUUUGACGUUGGAGGACAGAGGUCGGAGAGAAAGAAGUGGAUCCAUUGUUUUGAGGGCGUGACAGCCAUUAUCUUCUGUGUUGCUCUGAGUGCUUAUGACCUGGUCCUGGCUGAAGAUGAGGAGAUGAACCGAAUGCACGAGAGCAUGAAGUUGUUUGACAGCAUCUGUAAUAACAAGUGGUUCACUGAGACUUCCAUCAUCCUCUUCCUUAACAAGAAGGACCUAUUUGAGGAGAAGAUCACCCGCAGCCCCCUGUCCAUCUGCUACUCUGAGUACUCAGGAGCAAACAAAUACGAAGAGGCUUCGGCCUACAUCCAGGCAAAGUUCGAGGACCUGAACAAGAAGAAGGACACCAAGGAGAUCUACACCCACUUCACCUGCGCCACCGACACCAAGAACGUGCAGUUUGUGUUCGACGCUGUCACUGAUGUCAUCAUCAAAAACAACCUGAAGGACUGCGGUCUCUUCUAGACAAGGAGGGUGAGACACAAAGGAUUACUUGAACUGCUCUGUUCACCACAGAGAUGGAGAGUGGACCCACCAUGACAGACUGCACUGGCUAACAAAUCCUGCUUUCAUAAGAAGACAAAUAGACUGAUAACUGGGAGAGCCUUGCAGGAGAUGAAGGAUUGGUAAUCGCCCCUCAAUCACACCCUAUUUUAUCUUUUUUUGUUGUUAUAUUUCCAUUUGAGGAGGUUUUUAUUUCAUUCCAAGAUGUCUUGUUUUAAAUCUUCAAGUCUGCCAGAACCACAAAUCUACCCCCCCCCCCUCACUUUCAUUUGAAAUUGUUAUUUGAGUGGUGCAUAUAUAUAUAUAUAUAUAUAAUAUAUAUAUAUAUAUAAUAUUUAACUGUUUAUUUUACUUUAGAUAAAUAAUGGGGUUGGAGAAGAAGAGCAAGAAAGGAAAGUGCUUUUUUAUAGUUUACAUAAAGUCCUAAUUUUUAGCUAAAUCUGCAUUAUGUGCUGCAUGAUUGCUGAUAGUUAAGAUCAUCAGUUCUGUCAUUUGCACAGAACAGCAUAACAUUCAUUUAAGAAACAAUAAACCAAUAACGCUUCUAGACCUGGGGGGUGGGAGAGAGCAAUUAACACCUGUUAACAUAUUUAAAACAUGUAAUUACCUAACAUACUUUGUUUUUAUUUUUUCAUUCCAUUUCUUUCGUCGUAAUUUGUGUGCUUUGGCUAUUCUCUGUUUACAUCUAUUACUCGUAGAUUCAUUUUGGUAUCGAUAGUGUUCAUUUGUAGGGCUUACUGUUUUUCUUUUUCAUCAUGGGGAAAAAAAAUUUAAACAAAAAGGAAAAAAAAAUUAUAGACCUUUUGGUAACGAACAUAAAAAUGCUUAAGUCAUACAAUGAUUUAAUUUAAAUAAAAGUUCAGUCACUAGA